AUGAGACGAGCCUUUUCAACGGUGCAGUCGUCGUCGCUGCCGCCCCGGUACGAGAAGCUCUUCAACAAGUACACCGAGGUGCGACGAGUCCUCGGGCCGCAGCGGCGGCUGACGCUGGCCGAGAAGAUCCUGUACAGCCACCUGGACAACGUGGAGGAGUCGCUCCUGAGCGGGACCGACAACGGGCGCAGCAUCCGCGGCCAGGCAAACCUGCGGCUCAAGCCGGACCGCGCCAACAUGCAGGACGCGUCGGCGCAGAUGGCGCUGCUGCAGUUCAUGUCGUGCAACCUGGAGCGGCCGGCCAUCCCGGCGAGCAUCCACUGCGACCACCUGAUUGUGGGCUCCAAGGGAGCCGAGGAUGAUCUGGCGGCCGGGAUCCAGGCCAACAGCGAGGUCUUCGACUUCCUCGAGUCGGCGGCCCGCAAGUUCGGCAUGGACUUCUGGCCUCCCGGCGCGGGCAUCAUCCACCAGACCGUGCUGGAGAACUACGCGCUCCCGGGGCUGAUGAUGCUGGGCACGGACAGCCACUCGCCAAACGCGGGCGGCAUGUGCACCAUCACCAUCGGCGUGGGAGGCGCCGACGCCGUCGAGGCGCUCGUCGGUGCCCCCUGGGAGCUCAAGGCUCCCAAGAUGCUGGGCGUCGAGCUGACGGGCAGGCUGAACGACUGGGUGGCGCCCAAGGACGUCAUCCUCCGCCUGGCCGGCGAGCUGACGGUCCGUGGCGGCACGGGCUCCAUCAUCGAAUACUUCGGUCCCGGCGUCAACACCCUCAGCUGCACCGGCAUGGCCACCAUGUGCAACAUGGGCGCCGAGGUGGGCGCUACCACGUCCAUCUUCCCCUACACGAAGGCGUCGGCGCGCUACCUCGAGUCGACCGGGCGCACGCAGGAGGCCCGUAACGCCGAGGCCCUGCAGGCCUUCCCCGGCGCCGGCGCCAACGAGGACGCCCACUUCCGCUUCUCGGCCGACGAGGGCGCCGAGUACGACCGCGUGAUCCGCAUCAACCUGUCGGAGCUGGAGCCGCACAUCAACGGCCCUUUCACGCCGGACCUGGCCACGCCGCUGUCCGUCUUCAAGGACGCCGUCAAGGAGAACGAGUGGCCGGAGAAGCUGUCGGCCGGUCUCAUUGGUAGCUGCACCAACAGCUCGUACGAGGACAUGACGCGCGUCGAGAGCCUCCUCAAGCAGGCGGCCGACGCGGGGCUCAAGCCCGUGGCCGACUUCUACGUCACGCCCGGCAGCGAGCAGAUCCGCGCCACGCUGGAGCGCGACGGCACGCUCGAGACCAUCGAGGGCGCCGGCGGCAUCGUCCUGUCCAACGCCUGCGGGCCGUGCAUCGGCCAGUGGAAGCGCCAGGACGACGUCAAGCGCGGCACGUCCAACGCCAUCCUGACGUCGUACAACCGCAACUUCCGCGGCCGCAACGACGGCAACCCCGACACCAUGAACUUCCUGGCGUCGCCCGAGGUCGUGACGGCCAUGGCCUUUGCCGGCACCACCACCUUCAACCCCGUCACCGACGCCAUCAAGACCCCCUCGGGCGAGGAAUUCCGCUUCUCCCCCCCUCACGGCCUCGAGGGCCCCGCCACCCCCUUCGAGUCGGGCGAGCCCUCGCUCGGGGUCCUGUCGCAGGAGCCCGACCCGUCGGCCCAGAUCGCCAUCUCCCCCUCGUCCGACCGCCUCGCCUUCCUCGACCCGUUCGAGCCCUUCCCGGACUCAGACCUCUCGGGCCUCAGGGUCCUGGUCAAGAUCACCGGCAAGUGCACGACCGACACCAUCUCCGCGGCCGGCCCCUGGCUCAAGUACAAGGGCCACCUGCCCAACAUCAGCACCAACACGCUCAACACGGCCGUCAACGCCGAGACGGGCGAGGUCAACGCCGCCUACGACCUCGACGGCUCCCAGCACACGAUCCCCGAGCUCGCCCAGAUCUGGAAGGACCGCGACCAGCCGUGGAUCGUCGUCGCCGAGCACAACUACGGCGAGGGCUCCGCCCGCGAGCACGCCGCCCUCCAGCCCCGCUACCUCGGCGCCCGCGUCGUCCUCGUCAAGUCCUUUGCCCGCAUCCACGAGACCAACCUCAAGAAGCAGGGCGUCGUCCCCCUGACCUUUGCCGACGAGGCCGACUACGACCGCAUCAGCGCUGGCGACGAGGUCGCCACCGUCGGCCUGCUCGACAUGCUCAAGAACGGCGGCGACGGUGCCGUGCAGAUCAAGGUCACGAAGCGCCAUACCGGAGAGGAGUUCCUCGUCCCUACCAAGCACGCCGUCUCCAAGGACCAGGCUGGCUUCAUCCUCGCCGGCAGUGCCCUCAAUCUCCUCUCCAAGGGACUGUAA